AAGUAACGAGUAGAUUUGUGCCAUUAGAGAGUUCGUGAAGUGUUUGGUCGAUUUUCUCUAAACCUCUCUUUGAUUUUCCCUAAACCUCUCUUUGAUUUUCUCUAAACCUCUCACGAAAGUGUAAUCGACAAAGUAACGAGUAGAUUUGGCAAGUGUAAUCGACAAAGUAACGGUAGAUUUGUGCCAGUUGCAGUUCGUGAAGUGUUUGGUCGAUUUUCUUUGGAUCUUGUCUGAAAUUGUGUCUACAAGUAAGUGAUUAUCCACUCGAUUUCGCGUAGGCUUGAUGUAUUGUUGUCUGUUUUCUUUACUUUUUCAUACAUAUUUUGCCUAUUUUGCCUAUUUCGUUUAACGUUUCGCCAUAGUUUCCGAUUGAGUUUCCGAUUAGGGGUCUAAUACUUUUCAACUAGAAUUUUCACUUAAUGAAUGUAUUAUUAUGAAGCUUUUUACCUUAUUCAUGCAUGAAAUUUAGGCUUUUUGGUAAAAUUAAGGUUCUAAGUAUUAGGGUUUCUGGUAUUGUUAAAUGGUGGGGUAUUUUAUAAUUUGUUUAAGUAUAUUGUGUGGGAUGCCUAUUGUAUGUUGAUGAGUAAUACAUCUACUAUCCUAAGUACCAAUUGUUGCUUAUGUUUUGGUGUUAUUAUAUAUGUUUCGAUUUUGUUGCUUGCAUUGUACAAUAUACUGAUUAUUAUUGUGGUUAUAGGUUGACAGUAUGACUAGUAAGUACCUCAAUUUAAGGUUCAAAUUUGGGGGUAUGUUGGUGAGUGAGGUAGGUCCAGUAUAUGUUGGGGGUAGGACUGCAUAUGUAGACAAUGUGGAUGAAGAUCAUUUAUCAAUUCCUGAACUUGCAGAUUAUGCUAAGUCUUUUGGGAUUAGUAAGUUAGGAAAAACAUAUGCAGCUCCAUCUCUAGGGGGUGAUUUGGUGGAAUUGAAAAAUGACAUGGACAUUUGUAGCAUGGCAUUAUUUAUGCAUGAUGGGGACACAAUAGAUAUUUAUGUGUGUGAUAACACUAUUCUGGAUGAUGUGGGUCCCAGUGAAGGUCAAAUUAGUCAAUCUUUAAGUCAAGUGGUUGAGUCUUUUAAUUCACAUGGGGAAUCUCUAACUGCACAACCAAAAAAAUCAGAUCUAGGUUUAGGUUCCUCUUCUUCCUUUCCAGCUACUAAAAGACUUGAAAAUGAUGGGAUUGCAAGGGUCGAACAAGAAUGCCAACAAGAAAGUGAUGAUGAUUAUUCUUCAAUAGAUUGGACUGAUACUGAAGAAGAAGUUGAACCAACUAUCCAACAAGGAACUGAACCUUCUAUUCAACAAGAAGUUGAGCCAAUUACCCAAGAAAAUGCAGAGGAAGACAUAGACAGUGAUUCUGUCUGUUCUGACCAGUCUAUUGACUAUGGUAGUGAUGUGCAUGAGGAGUUGAGAAUUGUUAAGGAAGAUGUGAGAAAACUUAGAGAAAGUAGGAGGAGAAAGAAGAAGGAAAAACCAAAAGGUUUUUUAGGUGAAGUUGGAUUUGAUGAAGGGUAUGAGGAUAUUGAAAAAGGGAAAAAGAAUUUCAAGGGUAAGCUAACAGAGGAUGAGCCAUACUAUGACAGUUCUGACUGUGAUAGUUUUCAAAGUGAUGAAGAAGAACCUGUUUCUGAUGAUGAACUUGAAGGAGGGAGUUUAAGGGGGAGAAAGAAGAGUAAUAGGGUGGUAUAUGAUUCUUCUUGUGAUAUUGUAAUAUGGCAGUGUGGUUUGAUAUUUGAAAGUGUAAAGCAAUUUAGAGAGGCAGUUACAAAAUAUGCUAUAAAAAAAGGAGUUGAGUUAGAUAAGUAUGUGAAUGAGAGUACUAGAGUGAGAGUGAAGUGUAAAAGUGGUUGUCCAUGGCUGUUGUAUGCAAGCAAGGAAGGAAGGAGUGAGAACUUUACUAUCAAGACAUACAAUCCAAGGCACAAAUGUACCAGGACCACCAAUAAUAUUUUGUGUAAUUCAAAGUUCUUAUGCAAGUAUCUGAAAGAUAGGAUUAUUUCUCAACCUAGUAUAAAAGGGUGGGAGAUACAAGAAUUGGUGAGGAAAGAGUUGAAUGUUCAUGUAGGCAAGGCAGUUUGUUUAAAAACAAGAAAAAUUAUUUUAAAGGAAAUUAUGGGAGAUCAUGUGGCAGAAUUUAACAGAAUCCUAGACUACAAGGAUAUGUUACUCCAAACAAAUCCUGGUAGCACUUGUGUUGUGAAGCUUAAAGAUUCAGAAUCAGGAAGUGGGAUGAAACAAUUUCACUCUUUUUAUAUUUGUUUUGAUGCUAUGAAAAAGGGUUUUCAACAAGGAUGCAGAAGAUGUAUAGGGCUAGAUGGGUGUUUUCUAAAGGGAAUUUGCAGGGGUCAACUUUUGGUAGCUGUUGCUAAAGAUGCAAACAACCAAAUGUAUCCAAUAGCAUGGGCAGUCAUUGAUACUGAAAGCAAGUUGACAUGGAAAUGGUUCAUGACCAUUCUGAAAGAUGAUCUUAAUCUAGGAAAUGGUUCCCAGCUAACUAUCAUUAGUGAUAUGCAAAAGGGACUAAUAGCUGCUGUAGAUGAACUAUUUCCAGAAUGUGAGCACAGAAUGUGUGCUAGACACAUAUUAGCAAAUUGGUCACAAAACUUCAGAGGCUUAGAGAGAAGAAAGAAAUUUUGGGCUUGUGCUAGAUCAACAUUUGAGGCACAAUUUAAGUACAAUAUAAAUGCCCUGUCCAAGCUGGGAAUAGGUAUUGUUGAAUCCCUUAUCAAAUACAACAAGGAGACAUGGUGUAAAGCUUUUAUUCAAACAUUUUCAAAGUGUGAUAGCAUAGAUAACAACAUGGCAGAGAGUUUCAAUUCUUGGAUCUUGGGACCUAGGAACAAGACCAUUGUAACUAUGUUGGAAGAAAUUAGAGUUAAGGUGAUGAGUAGAGUGAGUAAGUCAAGAGCAUUUGCUGAAACAUGGACAGAUGGAAUAUCUCCAAUGGCAAUGAUGGUAUUCAAUACAAAUGUAACAAGAUCAAUGCAGUGCAACAUUGAAUGGAAUGGUGAUGUUGGAUUUGAAGUGUUAGAAGGGGUAUACAAGCAUACUGUGAACUUGGGUCAACAAAAAUGUAGUUGCAGAUCAUGGGAAUUAAAAGGUAUCCCAUGUGCACAUGGUAUAGCAGCAAUGAACCACUUGAACAUGGAUGCAUCACAAGCAAUAUCUAGUUGGUAUAGAAAAGACACAUAUAUGAAGACAUAUUCUCAUUUCAUUCAACCAGUCCCAAACAUGGAAAUGUGGCCUGAAAGUAGAAACCCAAUGGUUGAACCACCUGAGGCAAGACAAAUGCCUGGUAGGCCACCAAAGAACAGAAGAAGAGAAAUUGGUGAAGUGAGAAAAGCUGGAAAGUUGCCAAGAAUGGGGACAGUAAUGACAUGUUCACUUUGCAAAGGACCAAAUCAUAACAAGAGAAAUUGUCCAAAAAAUCCUAAACCUAAGUCUACACCAACACCCACUCAAGAGUCCACCACUGGAAAAAAGAGGGGUAGAGGUCAUUAUGAAAGAACAAGCACCAGUAAGACUGGUACAAGAAGAGGUGCAGGAAGUGGUUACAAGAAGAGGCCUAAAGUUGUUGGACAAGGUGUAUUUGUUGCUGAUACUGGAUAUACGUGUAUUAAUCAAGGAUUGUCUAGCAGAAGGAGGGUUAAUACUGGUGUGGUGAGUUCUGCACAUGUGACAGGUGAUAUUGGUUUUAAACCUACCAAGGGACUGAAGUGGAAAGGCAAACAGGCCAUGACUCAAAGACAACUUCAAGUCGAAAGUGUUGUGCGUCGUAUUCAAACCAGAUCAAAAGCUGAUGGCAUUCAAACAAGGUCACAAGCCAAAGGAAAAUCACUCUCAAAGAAAACUUCUUAGUUGUGUGGUUGUGGUGUCCAACCAAACUUGAAAUAGUGUUUUAUGUGGUUUUAUGUGUUGAUGAAUCUAUGGUUGUUCAAACAAACUUAAAGUAGUUACUGUUUUAUGUUUUGCUAGUUAACUUAAGUUAUUGUGGUUGUUGGUUGGUGCUUGUGUGGUUAUUCAACUAACCUUAAAGUAGUGAUUGUUUUAUGUUUUGCUAGUUAACUUAAGUUAUUGUGGUUGUUGGUUGAAACAAUGAAACACUAUGAUGCUUCUUUUUUAUGAUCAAGAAAGCACUAGUUAUGUUAUGUUUGUUGCCUUCAUGUUAUUAUUUCAUGGUAUCAUAGUACCCAUUACAUGUAAUUGUAUUGAUCAGCA